GACAUGGCAUUGUCUGGAUCUUGCCAUCAUGCCAUGGCGUGAUGGCAUGAUGGCAAGGGGCAUCAUGCCAUCAUGCCAUGCCAUGGCAUCGCCAUGUUCCAUCAUGUCAUGGGAUCGUGUGGACCUUGCCACCACACCAUGGCAUGCCAUGUCGAGUCCUGUCUCCCGGAGCCGUUGGACCUUGCCAUCAUGCCAUGGCAUGGCCCAGCGUUGCGGAGACGGCAGACCAUAGCGUGGCAUGGUCCGGCGUCCUGGAGCCGCCGGACCAUGCCAUGCUAUGGUCUGGCGUCGCGGAGGCGCCAGACCAUAGAAUGGCAUGGUCCGACAUCCUGGAGCCGCCGGACCAUGCCAUGCUAUGGUCUGGCGUCGUGGAGACGCCGGACCAUACGACAGCAUGCUCCGGAGUCCCGAAGCCGCCGGACCAUGCCAUGCUAUGGUCUGGUGUCGUGGAGGCGCCGGACCAUACGACGGUAUGGUCCGGAGUCCCGGAGCCAGUGGAGCAUGGCACGCUAUGGUCUCACGUAGUGGAGGCGACGGGCUUUACCAUGGCAUGGUCCGGAGUCCCAGAGCCGCUAGACCAUGCCAUGGCAUGGUCCGCCGUUCCAGCGGCUAUGAACCAUGUCAUGGCAUCGCCCGCCGUUCGCCGUCCCGAAACGCCGUGCACAUGCCAUUAGGUGUUGCGCAACGCCUUUGGGACACUGCCCCACACCAUUGCACGGUUCCCCUUGGCACGAAGGGAACGAAAACAUGGACGUGGAACGACGAUAGGUAGAUACACAGCACCCCUUCGAGAACAAGACAUUUUCUUCCGACGAAUGGAAAAGAACGCUGAUGUGGAACGACGAAAGCUUCGUAAUGCCAUGGAAUCAAACGGUCACCCCGCC